CAUUACACAUUGGAAGUUGAAAAGUGCGUUGUUGUGCUAGAAAUUUUUUAUACGCUCUAAUUUUAAAUUUAUAUUAGGAAAAACCAAUUCGAAUUGCAUUCAUAAUCAAGAUAAAAGUGAAUCUAUUUAUGAUUGUGGAACAAAUAAAAUAUAAAAAAUAAUAAAAAUAUAAUUUAAACUAGAAUAAUUAUAAUGAAUGUAUAUAUGUACAAGCAGAACUGCAAUCGUAUGAUUCGAACAAAGCAAUAAUAAACUUCGAAGAGUAUAUGAAAAAAGAAAACAAAAUCUUUGAAAUUAUGGAGUAAUAUUGCGUAUUGUGAUAGUUGCCUUAAAAAGUCUAUAUAUUAAUCUUCGAUAAAUUGGUGAUAUUUUUAACUCCAUUCGGUUGUUGUAUAUCAGUUUAAAAAGGAAAAUUAACCAUUUGAAAAAGUUAUUGCAUAUAAGUCAUGAAAUAGAGCAAUGUAAAGAACAGAGGCAUAAUAGAAAAUCCAAACACAUCAGAGGAACUGGAAUAAAUAAAGACGAAAAUACGCACAUAAAGAUUCAAAAAACAAAAAAGCAAAAAAGCAAACAUACGCAGUGCUUGUGAACGGGAACGAGGUAAUGCAAACAACGAGCAAGUUUAUAAAACAAAAGUACUGAAAGAAGUGAAUAAAAACUACACAAAUUUAGAAAUCGACAAAAUUGUGACUUGACGAAAAUUGGUACAACAAAUAAAAUAAGUUUAUCGAGGAAGCUGAGAUUCGAUGUGAUUUCUUUAAUUUUUAAUCCAUCAUAUAUAUAUCAUCUGCUUAUAAUAAAAAAGGUUGAGCUGAAACAAUCGAGGUCUUUUGGUUUUGAAAACUUUGGAUUUUUAAUAAAGUUGUCUUUAAUCAAUCAUCAAUCAAAUUUCAGGGUCGAAUUUCAAUCAACAGCCAACAGCCUUUAUAUGAUUGCGAAGAGCAGCAAGAAUGUUACGCUGAUAGCCACCGCUUCCGUCACCGCCACCGGCAAAGCGCACAGCAACCACUCUUGAAAUCCUGACGUCGUCUUUUGUUUAAUCUCUUGCACUCUAUCACUGUUAAGACUUCUGUUAACUUCUUACCCAAGGAUUAACUUAUUAAUAAAUACGCAAGUAAUAACUUUUUGUAGCACUGCCAAUAGCUAGGGUCAAUACAUACACACAAACGUACAUUUCGCACAUAAACGACACCUAACGAAUAAAUUCACGAUGUUGUACGUGUUCCAUGUCGACAAGGGACGGAUGAUGUCCUUUGACAUGGCAGUGGCAUUGUCUUCGGUUGAGAACCUUAAGGAUACCAUUGAACGAAUGCACGGCAUACCGGCUAUAAAUAUUGUGCUCUUAGUAAGCGGUGGUGAGAUGUUGACACCGUCAACGCAGGUCUCUUAUUAUUCGGCUGGUACCGAUACGAAUCCAAUAUAUAUGUUUUUAACCGGAGACCCACGCACACCACCGCCAUUGCCGGCGAAUGAGCCAGAUCGGGAUUUGGGGGAACAAGUAGAGCGUUGCAAACAGUUGCCGCCCAUCUAUUCUUCCGUGGAGAAACGUGCACAAUUGGCACUAAAAAUGUAUGAGUAUGCCCGAGAUGAGGAGAACCUUUGCGAGCGUCUUGUGCACGAUCAACAUUUACAACAGCAGGGCUGGUACGCUGUUGUGGCCAACAUGGAAGAUCUGAUUGACGAGUUUCGGUUGCGAUUCACAAAUUUUUCAACUGCUUUCGAUCGACAUCUAGAAAAACGAGAUGGAUAUAUGGAGCUUUUGAAUAAAUUCACAGAUGAUUUAACCAUGUUGGGGCGAAUCCCCAUUUUGCCGGGUUUGAUGUCUAUGGCUGAGGAAGAUUUCCAUGGCUUCGAUGAUUUUCUUGAUGCGGACGAAGUAUUCUCGCGAUCUCAAUCAACACAGAAGUCGGUGCUAGUGGCAGGUGGCGUGCCUGCACAACAAACUGGGAAUACCGAGGAAUCGGAGACCCCAUCGGCUCACAGCGAUAAUACUCCCAUCGCCGAUGAGAAAAAUUCAAAGUCGCCAAUCAAGCAAGCUAAAAAGGGCACUGAAUUAGCAGAGGACACAACGAGCUCGGCGGUAGCAACCGUUAAUCCACAUAUUUCAUCUGGCAGCAGCUCACGUCCAACAUUAAAUCUCUUGCAGUGGAUUAUAUCCAAAGAGAAUCAAAAUAGACUACAUAUUAUGUGCGAGGAGUGCAUCCAAGGUCUAAGCGCAUUCGACAAAGAUAUUUACGCUCAACUGAAAAGCGAAAUGCAGCACAUUUUAAAACAAGCUGAACAGACCGAUGUCAGAGAGAUUAAGGGUCUCGGCGAUCGGCUAUGCAGGCUGGAGCAAUUGAGAUAUCAGAUCAAACGCUUUGUACAAGACCAAAAGGUAUUGUCUACCGCUUUCCAACAAAAUCAAAGUCGGGCCAACGAUUUGAAUGAUCCAUCAAUAUUGCCAGAUCUAUGUGCCUCGCAUCAGUCUCAGCUAGCGGUUAUGGUUACAAACCAUCAAAAAGUUCGUGAAAUUCGUCGCAUGGUUUCCAAAGCUAAAGAUGAGCUUGGCUUAAAUCUGCACAUGCGACUGACUCGCAUUGUGCAUGUAGAGAAUAGCAUGAGUGAGUUUGAUAACCGUCUACUAUUCUACCUUCGUUGUCUACGUCGUGCAGAACGACAUCUACAGAUAAUCGAACAAAUUCACCAGGCGCCUUGCAUGUAUGUGGCCGCAGUUACAGAGGUGGUCCGACGUAAAAUGUUUUCCGGUGAGUUCCGCAUUUGGGCCACUAAACUUGCAGAAGACUUAGAAAUAAUCCACAACGAAGAAAUAAAGAGACGACAACAGUUCAACGAAACUUUUGACGGCCAUUUCUUGAGCAAAUUAUUUCCCGGUAUGAACGACAUGCCGCCUGCAUUCGCCAAUGAAUCACCAACAAUCUUCGAUGCGCGAUUGCCUAAUAUCACCAAAUCAGACAUCGAUAUGCUGUCAUCAUAUCUGCCAGAUAUGGUACCAAGGAUAUUGUUACCCGAUAUGGGACCUGUGAUAAAUUUUUUUGUCUCACGUUCGGGUCCCCAUCAGAAGGAGCGAAUGGAGGAAUUGGUGAGCCAGCAAGUGGUGUCUGUUCUUGGUACAUCGGCUGAAGUGGAGGCAGAGGAGGAAGAGGAUACAAAUGCAUUGAGUGCUGGUGAAAAGCCGCCGGUGUCCCAAAGACUCGGAGAAUUGCAGAAGAUCGGCGAUGGCUGUGAAGGAUCCGAAACAGAUACGGAAAAUGAAUUCGAAAAGGUGACAGCAACACAAUCAACUGCACCAACGCUUAUCACGACAGCAACAUCUACAAUAACCGUAGAGACAAUCGCACGCAGUGCUGCCACUUCUUUGUUACUAACGCAAAACGCCGAAACGCUUACAGACGAGUCGGAAUCGUCCGCCCGUGCCGAGGUAGAGCGUUUGCGUGGCAUACUAAGCGCUAUGUAUAAGCUAUCUUCAGAGUGUAUACGUUUGUCACGAGCUGAUUUGGAACACUGCCGCACAGGAGUUGCAUCAUAUCGCGAGGACUUGCAAUCCGAACUGCAAAUGCUUCAUGAUCAAUGGAAUCUGAUACGCAUGCAAAGUGAGCAGCGUGAACAAUUAUUGCUCCAAACACAAGAGUUGCUAAAUGAAACGGCGCAGCAGCGUGAAUAUGAACUUGCCGCUUUGCGACAAAAACUUUGCGAAGCGGAGCAGUUACAGCCUCAGUUGGAGGAUUUGAAUGAAAAACUCUCUUCGGCUGAACUGGAAAAGGAACGUGCAGUGGCGUCAGCUCGCGAAGAACUCUUGCACGAGCAUAAAUCUGAAAUAGAAUCGCUGCGCUGCCGUUAUAAACUCAUGACCUCCAUGGAGCUUUCGCCGUCCGAAACGAGUCUCGAAAAGUUGGAACGUCCGCCACCCAACAUAGAGCAGAACACAAUCGAUCGUAGUGAACACGAGUUAAUUAUCGCCCAAUUACGUGCCUCAUUCGAAACUGAAAAGGAGAAGGCCAUCGCUGCCGCUUUAGAUGUGGAACGUGCCAUUUGGCAAACAAAAUUCAGCCUAAACUCAGAAUCCGUGAUUGGCAAUGUGAACAUAUUAAAAGAGAUGCUCGAGGAGAAAGACCGACAGUUGGAUCUGGUGCGUAAGCAGAAUCUUUUGUUAACUAAAGAGAUCUAUCAGCUAAAACUGCGCUUUGAUUCGCUCACGAAUGAAGAAGGAAAUAGCUGGCUUAAAGAAAAAAUAGAGUACUUGGAUCGCGAUAAAAAGCGCUUGGAGAAGGAGCUAAUCAUUGAGAAGGAGCGGUCGAAGCGCUUGGAAAUGGAAACCUCUUUCGCUGCCUUAAAGGCUUCUAGUUCUAGUCAUAAAUAUUUGCUGUUAGACUCUUGCAAUAAAGGUGAUGUGGUUUUCGUCGUGUGGAGCAUGCGUCACAAUCAAUAUAUGGUAGUGCAGGACUCUCCAAUUCUAUACUUCGUCCAUGGAGACUGCCUGUCAGCUAUGAAUUUGCGCAUGCCGGUCACACCUUCACCAAGCGAAAGUACAAUAUUGGAAAAUAUGCUCCUACCGGUGCCUUACUACGCAAUUGGGCGUGUCAUCGAUAGAGAGUUCUGUCAGGCUAAGAAGGAUGAAAACCGCUAUCGUGUUUCCAAAGGCACAAAGUUCUAUCGCAUAAAGCUCGUGCCAUUGUCGAGCAUGCAACAUUUGGCCGGUCGUCGGGAAAAAAUCGACACAUCUUUAUGUGCGUCUACGUCCACUUCGUUUUCACAAUGUGACCCGAGCACUGACAACGAAUCCACUGCAUUGCUGCCCAGCGGUUGUAAAGCGCUCGUACCGGUGAUCGGCUGUAACCAAGCCUCGCCAACUCUGCGUCAACCUCAGUUUUCGCCCAAUAUCAGCACGAUUGAUGAGAUCAUUACUGCGACAACGACAACGACAACAACAGCAAUAAAAGAUGUGGUUGAUUUCACCACACCAGUUACCAAAACCGAAGCUACUUCAGAAGCAGUAAUCAAAGCAAUACCCGUGGAUGAUGGCGAUAAUCCAGUUGCGGGUGAAACGGGUGAACGAUGUCGCUACACUAGCUUUAGUAUAGAAGAUGAUACAGAAGAUUUACCAACCUUAACCAGCACACCAACGUCUAUGAGAUCUAUGCCUUCUCAACAAUUAACGCUACAGACUGUGAUAACAGAGCAACCGACGUCAUCGGGCAAACAAAAUGUUAUACCAAUAAUAACGGACCCUUGUAUAGAGGCUGCAGACGUUAGCGGUUGCUCGGCUGAUUUAAAGAAUGCAUCCUUUGCCACCGCCUGCAGCGAAGAUUCGGAUGAAUAUCGCUCUUUGGAACACAAGGAUGAUGCAGACUUUGCCGUUUCUGAAUAGUGAUUCUUUAUUCUUAAUGCCGAUAAUAACGUAAAUUAUACGUUUGUUACACAUAUG